AUGGCGACCGACGUCGUCAUGUCCGGCAUGGACGGCGAGGACUUCGAGUUGCCGCCGCGCAAGAAGCCAAAGAUCUCCGAAUUGCCCUUGUCUUCGACACAGCGCGCGUCUAUCGACGGCAUGCUUCACACGUUCAAGAAGAAGGGCGAGUUCGACGCACUGCGCAAAAAGGCCUUCCAGCAAUACAACGAGAGCGCUCAACGCGGCAUGUUUGAGGCAUCGCUGCGCACCUUUACGACGACUGAAAUCGAUCGCGAACCGGUCAAGUACUUGAAGCCUGACAGACGCAUGGGCGCGCCUCUGCUUGAAGGAGCUGCAGCACGUGCGGAUAUCUACAGUAAGACUGAGCAGGACAUCAAUGCCUACAUCGACCAGUUUAUGGCAAAUGCCGAGAAGACGAUGAGGGAAAUUAGGCGAAAUGAUGUUGGCGCAGAAGGUGCCGAGGAGGAGAUACGCAAAGGUAAUAAGAGUGAAGAGGCGUACGCGGCGGAAGCGGAGGAGCGUCGGCAGCAGCGCGAGCGGAAGUUUGUGGAGGAUGAGAAGAAGCGCAAGAAGCAGGAGGCACAGGAGCGAAAGAAGAAGGAAUUGGAGGCUUUGAAGAAGAAGCAGGAAGCCCUGCAGAAAGAGACUGAACGGCUCCAGCGAGAGCAGAAGCGUCGUGCUGAGCGUGAAGCGUGGAAGGCUGCCGAGAAGGAGCGAGAACGAGAGAGAUUGCGAAAGUACAAUGAAGACCGCGAAAAGGCGAAGAAAGAAGCCGAAGAGCGCGAAAGAGCACUACAAGAAGAAAGAGAACGACGUCAAAAGGAGCGUGAAGAGCGUGACAGGAGACGGUUGGAAGCUGAAGCCAGAGAGACUCUUCUUCGAGACGCCCAGGAAAUUGCAGAGCAAGGCAGACGCCCAGCAUUGGAACGCAGCGAGAGCAUGGAGCCACCAUCAAGACUGCUCAAGCACCAAUCCGCUCCACGCAACAACCAAAGCAAAGACCAGAUGCGCGCUCAGGGACUCAUGCCUACAUCGCUCACGCUUAGGAAGGGUGACAAACCAGGCGAGUCCUUCAGCGCAGUCCCAACCAUUGCGCCAGCAACACCAGCAGAAUCUGAAUCCCGCACUCGAACUCGUGCUCGGUCUCCAUCCCCAGCCCGUUCAUCCUACAGCAACCGAAGACGUGAUGCAUCACCCGACGACCGCCGCCCACGUGAUCGACGAGAAUCCCUCUACCGCGACAUUAGUGCCGAGCGGGAAGCCUGGAAAGCUCGUCGUCCAGCUGGACGCGACGAUCGCGACAGAUAUCGCGACAGGGACCGAGGAGAAAGCCACCGACCUCGUUCUCGCGAAAGGGAGCGUGAGCGUCCUCGUGAAGAAGAAGGCGAGUUGGUCGAACGCAAUGCUCGUAGCAAGAGCAGGGAAUCGUAUCGACCACGCCGCGAAGCCGACAGCCGCAGUCCACCCCCACGACGCCGCGAGUAUCGCGACCGCACCCGUUCUCGAUCUCCUGCUCGUCGGUACAGAGAUCGCUCGAGGAGACGAGAGCGCAGUCGUAGCCCGCCAGGCAUCGACAGGUAUGUCCCUGGAGGUGCUGCAGCUGCAACUACCGGUGGAGCCAGCACUCGCCGAACGAGAGAGGACGAGUCGCCUCCACGCCGCAGAGAGAGGAAACGCACCUCGGAAGACGACGAAGAAGACCGAGAGCGUAUCGAGAGACCUCGCGAGAGGAGCCGCGAAAGGGACCGCGAACGGGACAGGGAUGUCAUCCGCGACGAGCGAGACCGCGAUCGGGACCGCGACGUGAUUAGAGAUGAACGUCGCCGCCGCCCCCGCUACGACGAUCGCGAUCGUCUUCGAGGUUCGGAGACGAUGGAUCGGUGGAGACCUGGUGGCGGCGGUGGGGGUGGUGGCUCUCGUGACGACGAUAGGGAUCGCUUGAGACGGAGGGAGAGGUCGAGGAGUCGUGAGAGGGAUAGGGAUGGGAGGGGUGAUCGGUAUAGUGGACGGGAUAGGAGUCGUGAGAGGGAUAGGGAGAGGGAUCGCGAGAGGGAGAGAGAUGAUCGGAGGGGUAAUAAGAGUGGUGCUGGUGCAGCAGUAGGUGAUGAGUGA